CCACUUUCCAAGCGGCUAUGACGACGGAGUUCCGACACAUGCUGGAUCGUUUCGUACUUAUAUACCUCGACAACAUUCUGGUUUACAGCCGGAGUCUGGACGAGCAUGUGGAACACCUGCGCACCGUUUUGGAGCGGCUACGACAGGCCAAGUACAAAGCAAACCGCGACAAGUGCGAGUUCGCACAGCAGGAGCUGGAAUACUUGGGACACUAUGUGACGUCGCAAGGCAUCCGUCCGCUUGCGGACAAGAUCGAGGCCCUACGAGUAUGGCCCGAGCCCACCAACACCACGGACGUUCGUUCAUUCAUGGGGUUGGCGGGCUACUAUCAACGAUUCAUCGCCGGAUACUCCAGGAUUGUUGCACCUAUGACGAGGUUACAGUCGCCAAAGGUGCCAUUCGUAUUCGAUGACGACGCACGCCGCUCAUUCCAAGCACUUAAGACGGCUAUGCUCAUGGCACCCGUCCUUAGCAUUUAUUACCCCACCCUGCCGACGCGAGUGACUACGGACGCUUCCGGCUAUGGCAUUGGGGCAGUCUUGGAACAGCACGACGGCGACGACUGGCACCCUGUGGAGUAUUUCAGCCACAAAGUGCCUCCCAUCAACUCGCUUGAUGAUGCAAGGAAGAAGGAGUUGCUCGCAUUCGUAAUGGGUCUCAAACGCUGGCGGCACUUCCUCCUUGGGCGUUGUAGGUUCACAUGGAUCACAGACAACAAUCCAUUGACCUACUACAAGACGCAGGACACGGUGAGCAGCACGAUCGGACGAUGGAUGUACUUCAUCGACCAAUUUGACUUCACACCAAAGCAUGUCCYCGRCCUCUCCAAUCGCGCAGCAGAUGCACUCUCGCGAAGACCUGAUCUUUGCGCUAUGACACAUCAUGCCUUCGCAUUCGACGAGGAGCUUCAGCGACACUUCAUCCGCGCAUAUCAGUCUGAUCUAGACUUCGGCACGCUCUAUGCACAGCUAUCUUCGAAUCACCCGCUGGCCAGCCAUUACCGCAUUGCCGACGGGUACUUGCUCCUUCACUCGAGAGGCAAGGACUUACUAUGUGUCCCACGCGACCGUCGUCUUCGGACUCGCCUCCUCGGCGAGUACCAUGAUUCACGACUCGCCGGCCAUUUCGAAGUCAACCGCACUAUUGCACGGCUUCGACAACGAUUUCGAUGGCCCGACCUCAUUACCGAUGUCACUCGGUAUUGCGACUAUUGCGAAGUUUGCCGACGCAGCAAGCCCCGCAACCGCAAUCCCUACGGCAAGUUACACCCGAUGCCUAUCCCACGGGAACCCAGUCUCUACAUUGCCAUGGACGUCACCGGUCCGUUUCCUCGCGACCGGCUCGGGCACGACGGCAUCCUCACGGUUGUGGACCGAUUGAGGCUGCAUUACAACAUUGAUUGUUCGGAUCACUGGUAAGUCUUCCGCUGUGUUAUCUUGUACUUUGUAUUGAAAGGUCGGUUCUUGUUCUGGUCUGCACGUUACAGUAUGCAACAACAGAUGA